CGGGAGAAAGUCAGUCCUCACUUUACGCUCCAUGUCGUCUUCGCAGCCAGCGUAGGCGUCGUCCACGGAGUCCAGAGCCAUGUCCAGGCACCCAAGAGAGGAUCCAAAUAACAUGAACACAGCCACCAAAAUGACCAACCUUGCCAUCUUGACUCAGCAGACAACUCUGAAAACCAGCCAAAACAAAAUGUGGACAGCUGUAGAAAGAGCAAAGAAUCGGGGAGGAGACCUUAGAGGAGAGGCCAGCAGCAGGACGAUGAGGCAAGGUCUUCUCAGGUGCAUACCAAAGACCAAGACCAAGACCAAGACUAAGACUAAGAACAAGCAAUAUGAGCACAACCGCCGAAACUAUCGCCACCUUGACCUUGUAGAUGAGAGAAAGAAGGAUGCAUGCCAAAGACCAAGACCAAGACCAAGACCAAGAACAAGCAAUAUGAGCACAACCGCCAAAACUAUCACCACCUUGACCUUGUAGAUGAGAGAAAGAAGGAGGGAGAUCCUGCAGGCGGUAAAACUAGUGAAUCUGGUUAAGCCACCAGCUCUGGCUAAAGCAAACAAAGGUGAGUCAUUCAAGCGCAGAAAACAAAGAAACACAAAUAUAACACACAACAUAUACAGCUUUCAUCACAGCGGUGAACAGCAUGUGAUAAAUGAUGCCAUCUCUGAAAAGGCAACAGAAGGUGUCUGCAUGUGUGAUUUUGUUUUUGUUUUUUUUAGAAGGACUGCUUGUAGCUUUUGUCAUAUAUAUUUGUCUCAGUUGGAGGGACACUGUUGGAGAGAGUUCUCGACAUCUGACCUCUGACCUCGAUGACGACAAGUUUGCUGGCUGCAGAACCAAAGUCACGGUUCUGAAUGACGAGGCCAUGAAACAGAAAUGGCUCACCUGCAGCGCAAAUUUCAGCGAAGCCUGGAGCAAAGCAGAGCGAAACCUGAAAGAACCAGCAGAACAGUACAUGGAGAACAGCCAUUCUCUGGCUUUAUACAUGUUCACUGAGGUGGUGCUGAAACAGGGGAACAAGAACUCUCAACCUGCAGAAAGAACUCCAAAACAAAGGGGCGCUUUCGAACCCAUCUCCCUUUAUUCCUCUCUAAGUGAGGCGAUUCUAAUUUUAAGACAAAAUCAGGUGAUGUGUUUGAGUACAAGCUACAGAACCGAAACCGUGUUGGAGCUCAACAUCUCCACUGGUCAGGUUCGAUUCAGCACCUUCAUUUUAGGCUCUGAUGGGUGGGAUUUCAAUGGAAAUGUUUCAUGUUUUGAGAUACACUCUUGCUUUGGAGCAAACAUAACUAAAUACUCCGUCCUUAAAGGAAAUAGUCAAGUGGCGAUUCCUCCGUAUGAAGUUUUUACAGUCACUGACGUUCAGAAACAAACCAGUUCAUGUAGAAUCACUUACAAACUCAGAAGUAAUUUGAACUGUGUUUAUGACAAAGAGAGCAACCAGUUGCAUUCCAUAUCUGCAUUACCUGUGGAGGGAUUUUGGCUCAUUUUCACCAUAAUUUGUUUUGUCCUUCUGUGGCUUUUACUGCUCUGUGUUAUUGUGAAGGUUUACCGUAGAAUCAGCUCAGCCGGCAGAGUUUCAAAUUCACAUAGCUCUAUCCAAUCCCAUUGCAGCCUGUAAUGUUGCUAGUACACAAUACCGUUACAUAUAAAUAAAAAGAGAAAAUAUAAA